AUGAACAGCGUAAAUAUGGGAGGCAUGAACGCCGUCGGCGGUCCUGUCGGCGGCGGCGGCGGUGGCAUGCCCAUGAUGAACAACAGCGCCGCCGCCGGCGCUCGACAACCGAUGCCCGUGAAUGAUAACCAGCGGUCGCAACUCAACACCUACAUCUACGAGUACUUCCUGCGGAAUGGCAUGUUCGAUUGCGCGAGGUCGCUGCUCAAUAGCGACCAGCCUAUGAAUGUGCUGAAGGAGAGCCCCGGCCGCCGUCGCGAUGGCGAUGGCAAUCUUGGCGGCGACGAUGGCGGCGAUGGCGAUUCCAAGGACGACAUCGAUUCAAAACGACCCGACGACCUCCCGUUGCCAAACUUGCCAAAGGAGUGCCCCGAGAGCUGUUUCCUCUACGAGUGGUGGUGUCUCUUCUGGGAUAUGUUCAAUGCGCAACGCGGCAAAGGAGAGGGCCGCGCCGUUCUUCAAUAUGUCAAUCAUACGCAGACCCAAUCCCGCAUGAGACAGGAACAGCAGCAGGGGAUGCUGCGUGGGAUGAGGAACGGGAUGACAAAUGAGAUGAUGACCCCAAAUUACCAGUUGAUGAUGAGGAACCAGCCAAAUGGCAUGAGUAUGCAUCAGCAGAACGAGCUACGGCAGAAAGCGAUUCACAACAACAGAAACGCAACGCCCCAAAUGCUGGCGCAACAGAAGCAGAAUCAAAAUCAGAUGCAGCGCGAUCCGUCGGGUGGGGAUACCCAACGCCCGCAAUCCCCCGGGUCAGCAGAAAACGCGCCUUCUCCCUCGAAACGACCCCGCCUCGACGGUGCCCCUUUUAACCCGCAACAAAUGCCGAAUGGGAGAGGACAAACACAAGGCAUACCCCAACAGGUGGGAAAUACUGGCCCCAGCAAUGCUAUUCAAGCCGCUCAUAUGCAGCUUACCAAUGGCAUCGAACCAGAUAAUCUGACAGCUCAGCAGUUCCAGGUCCCAGGGGGCGCGAAUACCAACGCUCAGGCGAGGUCGCUCGCCGGAUACCAGGCGGGAUUGGCACAACAGCAGGCGGGCCAGAUGUCGGUGAAGCCGAUGCCGAACCAAGGAGGGCCCCAGAAUCAAGGCUCACCGAUGAUGGCCCAGGGUCAGGACGGUGGGAACAUCGCCAACUACUACAACCCCGGCGAGAUGGGCCCGAACGGAAUGCGAGGCGGCCCGGGCAACCAAGCAAAUGGCAGUGGGAACCACGCGUUGCAAGACUACCAAAUGCAGCUUAUGCUACUCGAACAGCAGAACAAGAAGAGGCUCAUGAUGGCCCGCCAGGAGCAGGAUAGCAUGUCUACUAUCCCCCGCCCUGAUGGCCCUGGUGGCCCUGGCGCGCAGGCCAUGGGACCCAAUGGCCAGCCAUUCCAGGGGACCUCCCCACAAGGCGCCCGCUCUGCAAAUUCACCCAACCCGAGCGAGCAGAUGAAGCGUGGAACACCUCAUAUGAACCCGGCCGGCAUGCCAUCCCCCCUUCCGGAAGGGCAAUCGCGAGGGUCUCCGAGCGGGAUGAAUUUCAACCUGCCAGGUGGCCCAAUGGAUCCUAACAAUAUGAAUUCGAAAUUCUACCAGAUGAAUGGGAUGGAUCAGAACAUGGUUGGCGGGGCCAUGCCUAAUAGGAUGCAGCCCCCAAGCUCGCACCCCGGUGGCGGAUUCAACAACCCGAUGACGGCCCAGCAGCAGCAGAUGGCCAUGGCUCGACAGCAGCAGCAGCAGCAACAACAAGCGCAACAGCAGCAACAGCAGCAACAAGCUGGUCAGAACUGGCAAGCCGGGCCUAACGGGCAGAUGGUACCACAGCCCGGGCCGGGGGCGCCCCAGCAGAACAUGGGAACCCCGCGGCCGGGAGCUAUGCCUCCUCCUUCUGCGCCUGCAGCCGGUGCAACGACGAAUGGUCGAACCCAGCCGUCCUCCCCCCAGCAAGGCACCGCGGCGCCACCCACCCCACAACAAGCUAACAAGGCGAAUCCAAAGAAGAAGAAUGACGCCAAGGAUAAUAAAAAGCGCCCUACAAAGAAGGGAUCUGCCGCGACCCUCAAUGCUGGUGCUACGCCAUCGGCCGAUGCCCCAACCGAUGGCCCGACGCCGACCCCCCAGACCCCGAUUACUCCUGUCCACCCGAAGAGCUUUAACGGCCAGAAUGGCGCCGUCCAACCCGUCACGAAUGGUCAGACUAGCGUUCCAGCUGCGAAUGCAGGUGCUGCGGCCGCGCAACAACCCGAUCCUCUGGUGAACAACUAUAUUGGGGAGCCUACUUACGGUGACUACCCUCCGCUGGGUGCCUUUGCCGAUCCGGGGACUGGUAGCAUGGAUGUCCUCCAAGACUUCGACUUCGACUCCUUCCUGCACCAGGACACUGAUGAUGUCAACAACUUCAAUUUUGACAACUUCCCACUAGAGGACGGCGGCCAGAUUGGUGCGGAGUAA